UAUUGUGCUUGCAAUAAACUACGUAUUUUUAUACAAUUCUUUUCGUAAAUGUGCGUGUGCGGUGGCCGUGUUCAGCUAAAAAUUAUUGUUAAUUAGAGCAGCGCAAAGUGUACAAAAAAGUGUUGCUUGCAGAAUCGUCGUGUCAUUAAAAAAAGCUAAAGCUAGAGAACGAAUCAAACACCCGCCGCCGCGGCAAGUGAAACACCACAAUCAUUGGCAGCCGCUGCAGCAGCUCCACUGUCCAGAGGCCGCCCGCACGCAUAAAACAUGAGAAGAGUUCUAUAGGAUUGUCGACGGUAAAGAAUUCUUUCAAUGUUCGACGUCUGCAGCAGCGUGUACGUGCUGUCUACUUCCUGAGAUUUGUGCAGCAACGAGCUGAACAACGAGUGAAACUUGUUAGCCUGAACUGCUUUGUUGCUGCAAGUGACGAAAAUUGCGCUUGGCAGGCGUUCAAUUAUGGCGCAGCAGCACCAACAGCCGCCGCAGCAACAGCAGCAGGCGGCAGCAGCAGUGGCAGUGGCGACAGCAACAACAACAGCGACACCGACAACAACUGUGCCAGCGAAUGCAGCCCAGCAACAACACGUUGUAACGCCAACAACUACAUCAACUUCAGCUAAUGCCAGCAGCAAUAACAAUAAUAAUAACAACAACAGCGGUACCAGUAAUAACAGCAACACCGUUUCACCACAAACACCCAGCAACAAUAAUAACAACAACAACAAUGUGAUGGCAUCAGUGCAACAAUUUACGCCCCCAGCUCAAGCAAUUUACAACCAACCGCCGAUCUUCAUGCCCACCCAUGGUGCACAUCCGCACGCACACCAUGGCGGCGGCUCCAUGUACCCAACCAUGAUACCAGCGCCAAUGCCCAGCAAUGUUUACGUGAACAAUGUCACUGCCAAUGUCAAUCUACAUGGCUGGUCGCAUUCUGUGCCAGCCUAUAUACCCACAGGCGGUGGACAGGCUCAUUAUGUAGCCACGCACGGUGAGCUACCGCCGGAGCAGGGUAAUCCCAUUAUGCAACCGCUACAGCAUAUGCCACUUACUUUGGGUCCUGCUGGCGGUCACAAUGGAAAUCCGCAUAACACUGGCAUGGGUGGGCGCGGUCGUGGCCGUGGCCGAGGACGUAGCGGCGGUGGCUUGCGUCGCAAUGAUUACCAUACACAACGCCACAUGCAGAGCCAGAGCCAACAACAGCAACAACACCAGCAACAGCAAAUGCCACCACCGCAGCCACUAUCGGAGAGCGCCAGUCCAGCUCCAAAUCUGCAGCAACUGCAGGCGGACCAAAUGGGUCAGCAAAUGGCACCACAACCCGACGCACAGCUACCAGUGCCAUAUGCGCACGCCUAUGCUCCGCAUCCCUACGCCUAUGGCACCUAUCCCGCUGCCUACUUUGCACCGCAUCAUGCACCACAGAAUGCUGCAGCCCAGCAGGCUACGGGUCCUCCGCUCUUUAUCUCACCUAUGCCAUUGUACAAUGGUGCGCCCGUUUAUAACUAUAUGGGUGGGUACUUGUAUCAGCCGGUUAUGCCGCCGGCCGAAUACCAAUAUAUGCCCGAAGACGGUGGCCAAGGUGUGGAUGAACGUCAGGCCCAGGAUGGUGGCGCUGCCAUGGUGCCACAUUUGUGGCAUCCAUCUCCCGUCUACACCGAUGAAUAUGGCAUGAGUACGGCAGAGGUGAUGCCACCACAUCCCAAUGGAGUUGUCAGCGAUGAAUUGAAUCACAAUGCCUCUUCGCUGGCCUCAUCGGAAACGUCCAGCAUGCUCAGUCCCAACUACCCCAUGUAUGAGGCGCAAAUGCAUGAAAUGCAACAACAAAUGGGCGUCAUUCAAUUGUACGAUGAUGGACAAAUGGCACCACUACAGCCCAUGCAUCCAGGCACUGGCCCUGUGCCACAGUAUGAGGAUGAGUUGUCUGAGUGCGGAGCCGCAUCUGCUGGUGGCAUUCCCGUUACAUGGACAGCGGCUAUGCCCGUAACAGCCGAUGUACCGCAGCCUCCGCAGCAGCCCAUGCUGCACGCCCCACAGCAUCAUAUCAUACAGCCUGUACCACAGGCCAUCAUUGAGCAACCUUUGUUGCCAACGCCCGUACAGACUAGCACGCAGGCCACAACCGCUGCAGUUCCACCACAACAGCCACAGCAACAACAGCAGCAGCUUUCGUCGCAGGAGCCGUUGGUGCCGGUUGAUGUGGAGCGUCUGAAUAAGAGUUUGCUGAAUAACAACAACGAAGUGGCGCUGGAUGAUGUCCUAUUGGUGAGCCAAGAGAAGCAGCAACAAAUCGAACAGUUGCCCUUAGAGUAUCAGCAACAGGUGUUGCAAACACAGCCUCAGCCGCAACAGCAACAAGUGAUUGCUGAGCCCAAGUCAGUGCAUAAGGGCGAGCCACAGCAGCAGCAGCAACAACAACAGACAGCCAAAGCGCCAAAUGUGAUUGUCGCCACUGUAGCACCACAACUACAGCAGCAGCAGCAGCCGCCGGCACAGCAGCAACAUCAGCAACAGCAGACUUCACCAGUUGUGCCGCAACAGCAACAUAACUCCGCUCAACAACAGCCACAAAAUGCCAAUUAUCAUGAGCAGCAACAGCCGCAGCAGCAGCAACAACAACCGCAGCAGCAGCAACAACAGCCGCAUCAGCAGCAACCACUGCCACAGCGCAAGCCACAGCAGCAAUAUAACAACACACAGCAACAGGUGCGUCGAAAGUUUUCUUCAGAAUACAACCAUCAUCAUCAUCAUCAGGGCAGCAACGAUACGGCCAUACAAACGACCAAAACCAUGUCCUGGACCAAUUCGGCUCAGCACAAAAAAUCCACACAAUCGGUGGCGGUGACUGCCUCGCCAAAUGUGGGAAAUGGCAGUGGUGUUAUUGUCAGUAGCAGCAGCAGCAGUAGCAACAGCAGCAGUAACAGUAACAACAGCAACAAGCAGGGCUUUAGUCAUCCCACCAAAACGUACACCAAUCAGCAACACUACCAACAGCAGCAGCAACAGCAACAACACUAUCAACAGCCGUCAUUUAAUAAUGCCAACAACAAUCAGCCACAAAUGCGCACGUAUGGCACAAUGAAGGUUCCAUCAUCACCGGUAGCCACCACAGCACCACCGUUGGAGCGUAAAAAUAGUCAUCAGGCUGGUGUUGAGCCCUAUGCGAAGGUCUAUGCUGGCGGCAACAACAAUACUGUGGCUCAUCAAGGCAACCAAACAACAACAACUACCUCAACAGCAAGCAUAACAGCGACGCCACACCAGUUUCAACAGCAGCAGCAGCAGCAGCAGCAGCAACAACAACAUUCAGGCGCCGCAAUCGAAACGUCCAGCAACACAAACACUUCAAAUAUACCACAGCAGCAACAAUUGCCGCCACAGCAGCAGCAACAACAACAUCAUCAUCAGCAGCAGCAACAGCAACAGCCAACACAUCAAUUCUCUUCCAAACCUUAUGGCAGCUAUGCUAGCAAAAAGCACAAUCAACAGUUGCAGGUCGCCGAGUCACAAAAUUUGAGUAGCAAUAGCGUUUCUACGGCCACACCUGCCCUCAACUUGGCACCACCUGCACCGCCUGCCUCGCAAUCUAGCAACAAUGGUGCCGAAAGUGCACAACCUUCCUGGGCUAGUCUCUUUGCCAACAAGAAACCCGUCGCAAAGGUGGCCCCCUACGAGGGCAACAAGCCACAACAACAGCCGCAGCUUCAGCAUCAGCAGCAACAGCAACCACAGUCGCUGGUGCCGCAGCAACAAAUGCCGCCACAGAACGCAGCACAGUCUGUUGCUCAACAUCUGCCACAUGUCGCAGCACCGACUGCCCAUCAACAGCUUCAAACACCGACGCCAGUUCCGCCGCCCACAACGCCACUCAUCACACCAGGUGCACUUUCCUAUUCGGCCGCCUCUGCUCAGGCGCUGCCAACACCGUUAUCAGCACCACCGGCACCCACUUCUGCGGUCAAGCCACUGAAGGCCGAACAAUCUCGUGCCGCACAACUGGACGAAUGGACCAAACAAUAUGCCGAUUUCCUCACUCGCCACAAGACCAAUCUGACGCCCAUCAGUCUGCGACCGCGCGGUCUAACCAAUCGUUCCAAUUACUGCUACAUUAACUCCAUCCUGCAAGCGUUGCUCGGCUGCUCCCCCUUCUACAAUCUUUUUCGGGCCAUACCCAAGCAGGCCGCAACGCUCAGCGAGGUGAAGACGCCCACUGUAAAUGCCAUGAUGUCUUUUAUGACCAACUUCUCGUCGUUGCCAAGUGGCCAGCGACUGCGACUAAAUAACAAUGCGAACAAGGGUGCUCAAAACAAGGGCAAGGACGAGUUCCCUGGCGUUGAUUUGCAAUGUGAUGUAGCCUUUGAGCCCACGGAAAUUUAUAAGUUGUGGAAUGAUAGUCGCGAGGAGCAUGUUGAAGGUCGUCAGGAGGACGCUGAAGAAUUUUUGGGCUAUGUGCUUAACAAGCUGAAUGAUGAAAUGCUCGAGGUUAUCAAGCUAAUUGCCAAGCCAAGUGCACAACAGAACGGUCAGGAGCCAUCCGAGCCAGAGGAUGGCGGCGAUGUGUGGCAGAUGAUCUGCAAUAAUCGCAAUAAGGGCAGCGUAACACGCCAAACCGAUUUCGGACGUACGCCCCUCAGCGAUAUUUUCCGUGGAGAGCUGCGAUCACGCCUACAACGCGAAGGCGAACACUCUACAGAUGAUAUUCAGCCUUUCUUUACGCUACAGCUGAACAUAGAGAAAGCCGCUUCGGUGAAGGAGGCUUUGGAGAUUCUAGUUGGUCGGGAUCAGCUGGAGGGUGUAACGGGUAGUAAGACCAAACAGGAGGUGGUGGCGUGGCAACAAAUGACUUUGGAGAAACUGCCCGUUGUUCUGAUAUUGCAUUUGAAAUACUUUGAUUAUAGAUCCGAUGGCUGCACAAAGAUAUUAAAGAAAGUCGAAUUCCCCGUUGAGCUAAAAAUCGAUGCAAAGAUACUUGGCUCAAAGAAAACAUCGCAGAAGCAGCGCGCCUAUCGCCUUUUCGCCGUUGUCUAUCACGAUGGCAAGGAGGCAUCCAAGGGGCAUUACAUAACCGAUGUCUAUCACACCGGCUACAAUAGCUGGUUGCGCUAUGACGAUAGUUCGGUGAAACCGAUUAGCGAGAAACAUGUGCUGCAGCCGCACACACCGCGUGUGCCUUAUCUACUCUACUAUCGUCGUUGCGACACCGUGCCACAGUCACAAACAAGCAAUGGCGCAGCUGGCGGUGCUGGCGGUGGCGCCGCCAAUUCUGCAACAAACUCUGCUGGAAACUCGGCGAACAAUAAGUGAAAACUAAAACAAAACCCAAGCGGUGGUUUAGUUGUAAAAACAAAAGGCUAAUGCCUAACUAUAUUUUUCUCUCUUUCUCUGUGUGUGUGUGUGUUAAGUUCUUGAGAGUGUGUGGGAGAAAGUUUGUUCGUAUGAGUUUGGUUAGUUGGUUUUAUAUGCAUAUACAAUAUUACGAUUAUAUCUAUAUAUAUGUAGAUAUACAUAGCGUAUAGUUUAGCCCGAAGUCCAAAGCGCAUGUAUGUAUGAAUGAUACAUUAUAAAUCUAUAUAUAGAAUGUGUACGAGUAUAUGUGUGUGUGCAUGGUAGAAAUUAAGUUAAAGUUUUAUGAAAAACAAAAAAGUAUAAAAAGCAAGUAAACUCUUAGCUCUAAGCUAGUAUACCUAUAAGAUUUUAUUUGUGCAUUUCUGCGAAGGGAAAACAAAAGAAAACAAAAACAAAACACAAACGAAAGUGAAAACUGUUUGGUCGGCUUGAUAUACAGAUACAUAAUUAUAUAUAUAUAUAUUUAUAUAAAUAGCAAUGAAACGAAACAAACUGGUGUACAAAGUGUAUGAAAUAACUAAAACAGCGAGCAAAUAAUAAUAUUAAGUUACAAUAAGUUUAACAAACAAAUUGCUGCUAUUGCUACGAAAAACAGAAAACACUUCUUUUUUUUUUAAUUGUCCAACAUGUCAAACAUUUAUUUUUGUAAGCAAAAACAAAAAAAACUUCAGCCAGCAACUUGCAUUAUAAACGCAUAGCGAUAAGUGUAACAAAAUUGAUAUGACAAAAAUUAUAAAACUGUAUAUAAAUAUAUAUAAACCAUAGCUACUUAUUAAUUAAAUUGUAAUUAAAAAGUGCGUUUCUUGUUUCUUUCGAUGUGUUUGCAUUUAGGGUCACACAUACACAAAACACACAACAACAUAACAAAAUAUAAACGACAUAACACUGAAACAAAAACAAUAUUGAAUGCUUUGAAUAUGCUUUAAUAAAAAACAAAACAAAUUCAUCAUGAUGUGAAUGUUAAAAAUGUAAUGGAAUAUGUAAUGUUAUUCUUUUUUUUUAACAUUGUAUGUUAUAAAGCAUCGAGCUUUAUACGUUAAGUGUAACGAAA